GGGUAAAGGUGAUUUCUAGUGCUUUUUAAUAAGGCAGCAAGUUUGUGAGUAGGGUUUUCGAUUCCGCCGCUGUUGUGUCUGUCUCUUAGGCCAAGGCAGAACCGAAAAUGCCUUUGCACAAGACAUUCAUGAUAAAGAAGAAGUUGGCAAAGAAACAGAGGCAAAAUAGGCCUAUUCCUUAUUGGAUGCGCAUGCGCACUGACAACAUCAUCCGCUACAACGCCAAGCGCAGGCAUUGGCGCCGCACCAAGCUCGGAUCCUAAGGAUACAUACAUUUUAGGGUCAGGGGCUUCGAGUUUAGUUUUAAAUUAUAGAAUUAGGACUUUAAUUUUUGAAUUAUGUGCAAAGUUUGCACCAAGUUUCACUGUGAUGUUUGCUACUUAAUUAAAAGUUGAAAUUAUAUUUCGUUUAUCGCA